UUUUUUUUAUUUUUUUUUUUUAUACUCCUAUAUCUGCUGUCUCCUCUUUUAUUUUUUAAUAAUUAAACGAUGGAAAAGAUUUCUCAUCACUCAUUACCUGAUAAAUCAAGUAGCCAGAGUAUUACAUCAACAGCGAGUACAAUUGUAGGCGUUCAUUACCAAGUGGGUAAAAAGUUGGGCGAAGGUAGUUUUGGUGUCAUCUAUGAAGGUCUCAAUUUAUUAAAUAAUCAGUCUGUUGCCAUUAAAUUUGAACCAAGAAAGUCUGAAGUGCCUCAAUUAAGAGAUGAAUAUCGUACAUAUAAGAUAUUAGCAGGAACAUCUGGAGUUCCUAGUGCUUAUUAUUUUGGUCACGAAGGACUUCAUAACAUACUCGUGAUCGAUUUAUUAGGUCCAAGUCUUGAAGAUCUUUUUGAUAUAUGUAAUAGAAAAUUUACUAUUAAAACUGUGGCUAUGGUUGCAAAGCAAAUGAUUUCUCGUGUACAAAGUGUUCAUGAACGAAAUUUGAUUUAUAGAGAUAUUAAGCCAGAUAAUUUUUUGAUCGGACGACCGGGAACAAAAUAUGCCAAUUUAGUAUUUUUAGUUGACUAUGGCAUGGCCAAACUCUAUCGUGAUCCAAAAACUAAAAAACAUAUUCCUUAUAGAGAACGCAGGAGUUUAUCAGGCACUGCAAGAUACAUGAGUAUCAAUACUCAUUUAGGAAGAGAACAAUCAAGAAGAGAUGAUUUAGAGGCUUUAGGUCAUGUAUUUAUGUACUUUUUAAGAGGCUCUUUACCUUGGCAAGGAUUAAAGGCAGCCACAAAUAAGCAAAAAUACGAAAAAAUUGGUGAAAAAAAGCAGACAACUGCUAUUAAAAGUUUAUGCGGAGCCUAUCCAGAGGAAUUUGGUAUCUAUCUUCAAUACGUUAGAAAGCUAGGAUUUGAAGAAACACCUGACUAUGAUUUUUUAAGAGAAUUAUUCGAUAAAGUAUUAGAAAAACAAAAUGAACAGGAUGAUGGUCUCUAUGACUGGGUCUUAUUAAACGAAGGCAAAGGCUGGGAGACUCGAUUCAAACAAUUAAAAGAAGCAAGAGCAAGAAGAUCAGGUCAUUAUCAUCAACAGCCUACGAAACAUCAAAGCAGUAGAAGAGCAACAACAAGAAAUACAAUCAAUAAUAGUAAACAAGUUGUCAUUCAGCAGCAGCAGCAACAACGACAACAACAGCAGCAGCAAACAACUUCGUAUGUGCCCCUUAAUCACAGUCAUGAUAUAAAAAACACGACAGCCACUGCUGCUGCUGCUACCAACCCUAAUGUAAAUGCUAUAGAUACUAAAGAACAAAAGCAAGGUUUCUGGAAAGGAUUCAUUCAUUUUAUAACAUGUUCUGGAGGACAAUAUGACUAAAUUAUAACUUAUAUCAAAUACCCGUUUGUUCUUUUUAUACAUUGUGCAAUAUUAAUAAAUAUUCAAUUUUUUUUUAUUUUA